GAAAUGGGUUGUUUGCUUCACUACCGAUCUUCCUCCAACAGUCCCUUCGUUUGCUCUGCUAAUCUGCCAUUCUCAGCGUUUUCGUCGCAAUGUGGGCACGAAAACCAAAACCAAAACCAAAAUCAGAGGAGCCAUCUACAGAAGAACUUCUCAUGACACUCAUGGAUGAUCCUGCUUCGACGGACAACCAACAGGGCAUUCAAUUGUCUCCCGAAAGUGAUCUUAUGGAUCUUAAUGCAGACGAGGCAGACGAGGUAGCCGAAUCAGACGAAGAGUCUCAAGAUGGAUCAUCAUUUUCAACUACGGCCGCCGAGGUUACCAAAGAGGCCGAUAAGGCUAUCUUGAAAGAACACAUACGGAAACAAGCUUCCAAUGAACGGCAUGUGACCUCCUCUGACAAUGCAGAAUCUGACAGCAUCAUCAAUCGAGCCCGUGACUACCAACAAGAACUCUUCGAACGUGCCAUGGAUGAAAAUGUCAUAGCUGUUCUUGAUACUGGCAGUGGGAAGACCCUCAUUGCAGCCCUACUCAUUCGCCAUUUCCUGGAGCAAGAGCUCUUCGACCGGAACAAUGGCAAGCCGCACAAGAUCGUCUUCUUCUUGGUCAACAGUGUUCAUUUGGCCAGGCAGCAGACCCGGUUUCUCAACAAUAACCUACCACAUAACGCCAUGGCACUUUUUGGCGAGACGAACGAGGACUUGUGGAAAAAGGCGCAAUGGGAGGAUAUCUUUGUCAAAAAUCGCGUUAUUGUCUGUACAGCUGCUAUCCUUGAUCAAUGCCUCAUGCACUCCUUCUUGACCAUUGGCCAAAUCUCACUGCUCAUUUUUGACGAGGCUCAUCAUUGCAAGAAGAGUCAUCCAUACGCCAUCAUAAUACGAGACUACUAUCUCAAAUGGAAGGGUGAGAAGCCGCGCAUCUUUGGCAUGACUGCGUCUCCAGUGGAUUCGAAACGCGAUAUUAGUCGAGUUACGAGCGAGCUCGAGGAAUUGUUGCAGAGCAAGAUUAUCACGACCAAAGAUGCCUCGGUCUUUGAAUUUGCUCCCAGAGCUAGAGAUAUUCGCUGGACCUACUCUCCUAUGCGCAUGGAGUUUGACACUGAAUUGACUCACAGCCUCCGUCCCCUUUGUGGUUUCAUUGAAGACUUGCAAAAGUACUUCACCUUCUCAAAAUACGCCGCACGUCAACUUGGUACUUGGGCGGCUGAUCGAGUCUGGAAGUACGCCAUCGCAGUGACAGAUCAUGGAGCUACCGCGGUUAUCCGAAAAUUUGAGCAGAGUAAAGUCUAUAAUGAAGACUCUGACAGUGAUAGGCGACGAGCCAAGUUGGCAAAAGCUCAGCAAGCCUUUUCCCUUGUCCGGGGGCAUUACUUUGGUCCUCCGCGAUUUGAUGUUGAUCGAGAGGUUUCACCCAAAGUCAAAUGCCUCUUCACCGAGCUUGAGAGGAGGUUUGCUGAAUCUAAAGCUACUCGGGCAAUAGUUUUUGUGGCACAAAGAAUCACAGCAUACAUUCUCUGUGAUCUUUUCGAGUCUUCGGCUAUCCCGAACCUGAGGCCAGGCGUCCUCGUCGGCGUCCACCCACAGAGCAUAGAAUCCAGCCAUUGGAGAGAUCAAGCAACGGUCAUGGAUCAAUUUCGUUCGGGAAUUAUCAACGUCAUGUUUUCCACCAGUGUUGCUGAAGAAGGAAUCGACAUUCCCCAGUGUAAUCUGGUCGUUCGUUUUGAUCUCUACGACACCCCAAUCCAGUAUAUGCAGAGCCGAGGACGAGCCCGAAUGAAAAACUCGGAGUAUGCCCACAUGAUUGAGAAAGGAAAUCAAAGUCAUGUGUCUACAGUCAAUUAUGCAAUCGAAAUGGAUGAAUAUAUCCGACUAUUUUGUCAGAGUCUUCCUCCAGAUCGGUUACUGGGUUCUGGGACCAAAUUGAAACAACUCAUGGCCAAAGAUGCCAGUUGUCCAAGGUUCAAAACGCCCACUGGAGCUGUUGCAAGUCAUACCAACUCAUUGUUGCUGCUUUCACGGUACGUGGAUUCAUUGGAGAGGGUCGAAGCGAGGUCAAGAGAGAUUUAUGAAGAAAUCAUUGACGCGGAAAAGAAUACCUUUCAAUACAAAGUCAUACUUCCUACUACCAACGACCCACGCGCAGCCCAAGUCAAAGGAGCUUUGGGGGACCAUAAGGCGAACAAGGUACUGGCGAGACGAUCAGCGGCAUGGCGUUGUUGUGUCAAGCUGCGGAAAGCAGAGCUUCUUGAUACAAAUCUUGACAGUGUUUUUGGCAAAGUCAAGCCUCAUAACCACAAUGCUCGUCUCGCAGUCGAUGAAAGGAAGGAGAUAUAUCCAAAGAAGUUGAAGCCAGACUUUUGGCGCGACAGCGGCGUGGGCACCGAAUCCCUGCCUGCAAAGCUAUUUGUUACUCGUGUGGCAGUCGGAACUUUAUCCACCUCUACGGCCACAAAUAGUCUCCUCCUAUUCACCCGCGCCCCUUUACCUACUAUCCCGAAGUUUCCUGUUUUUGUGGACGAGAAUGUGGAAAAGUCUAUCUUUUUCGAUCGGAUGCAGGAACCAGUACAAAUCAACGAGCGCCAAAUCCAGGCUUUGACAGAUUUCACUGUUAAUGCAGUCUUGAAAGACUUAUUUCAAAAGACCUUUGCGUCGGAUCCGAAUUUCAUGAGCUAUUGGUUGGCUCCGCCUGCAUGCACACCACUCGGAUCUUCAUUCGAAACUUUUGUUAACAUGGAUGAACUCUUGCUCGCAGGACAUACCCAGCGACGGCGGUGGAUACCAGCUACGAGCCCAGAUGACGGGCUCAAACAAGCCGCCGAAUGGUGCCAGGCGUUCCUCGUCGACCCUGGUAGUGGAAAGUUCCGCUAUUUCACCAGAAACAUCGAUCAUGCAAAGACGAUUUGGGACGUACCCCCAGAACCUUCAAUCAGGCUGGGCAAGAAAUUCAAGAACAGCAUCAUUGCUUUCUCUGAUAGUACCUAUGGAAAGCGUCGCAAAGAUGCUGCACUUUGCGCGACCAGGUACGAUCCUUAUCAACCAGUCAUCAAGGCUAAAGUGGUGCUUGCUGGUCGAAACUUCCUGCAAAAGUAUGGUCCAGGAGAACAACGAUUUGACGAGUGUGAUAUCGCACCUCAACCAUUGAACAUUGGUCGCAUCUCGGUGGACACGGCGGUAUUCGGUCAAAUGUGGCCGUCAAUCCUGCAUAGACUGGAGUCGUACUUGAUCGUGCGAGAGCCGUAUCUGAAACUUGGCUUGCCAGAAGUUCCUCUUGACUUGGCACUAGAAUCUUUCACCAUGGAGAACAGUGCCAUCACAGACAUAACUACAGCCGGAGAACCCGGUGUUGACGAAUCUGAUGCCUUACCCAAAAAAGCACCACUAAACUAUGAGCGGCUGGAGUUCAUCGGCGAUUCAUUGUUGAAGAUGAUGACGACGAUCGCAGUGUUCAUUCAUACCACAUGUAAUGAAGAGGGAAUGCAUUGUAAACGUAUGGAGAUGUUGGCAAAUCGUCGACUGUGUUCGACAGCAUCAAAACCGGAGUAUGAGCUCUUUCAGUACAUUCGUGCUGCAUCCGAGCCUCACUGGGCUACCACCUGGUAUCCCGAGUUUAUAGAACAGAUACCAGACCGCGCAGAGCGCCGGAUUGUGGUGAAAAGUGGUUUCAAGUCACAUCCACUGGGCAUGAAGACGAUUGCCGACGUAUGUGAAGCAAUGAUCGGGGCGUGUAUUAUGACAAGUCAGAAUCUCCCUGUGGAGGAGAAACUUGAUCUUGGUAUUCGUGCGAUUACCAAACUUGUGGACGACCCGUACCAUGACUUUCAAAGUUGGAGGGAUGUGAGGGCGUUGUACAAGCGGCCGACGUGGUGCCUGCAAAUGAACGAUCCGGUCGCUGAUGACCUAGCGACAACCGUUGAACAGAUAACGGGUUACAAAUUCAAGUAUCCACGAUUGCUCCGCUCAGCUUUCACCCACUCAUCUGACCAAAAUUCUACUGUUCCUGAUCUACAACGAAUGGAAUUUCUGGGGGAUGCUUGUCUGGACUGGGUUUCUAUCUGGUGGUUGUUUUCGAAGAAUGCAACGAGAGGUCCCCAGUGGUUGACAGAACACAAAAUGGCAAUGGUGUCGAACAGAUUCCUCUCCGCACUUGCGGUUGUAUUGGGAUUCCACAAACUCAUCUAUGCCGAGUCGAUGAAGGUCUACGAAGACAUCGGACGUUACUCGGCCAUGGUUCAGGAAAAGUACGAGCAAGGACCGGUGGAACGCGACUUCUGGACUCGGCUAGACCCGGGGUCUAGCCCACCAAAGGCACUGGCAGAUCUUGUCGAGAGUUAUUUGGGUGCCGUGCUUCUGGACUCCAACUUCAACUUGCGAGAGAUUGAGAUAUUCUUCGAGAAGCACGUGAAGUGGUUCUUUGAGAAUAUUGAAACUUACGAUAGUUUUGCGAAGCUACACCCGACGACGCAUCUGCUCAAGUUGCUCAUACAUAGGUUUCAAUGUCACGACAAUUCUUCGACCACCAUUGAAGAGACCACGACAACAACGACAAGGGGAGAUCAUGAUGAGGAUGACGAUGAUGAGGGGGCGGGAGACCAGUCAAUUGGUGGAAUCACGGCCCAUGUCGCGUGGAUUGUACAUGGGCGGGUUGUUGCGACCGGCAAAGGACACGGUGUUGGGUGCGCCAAACUCAAAGCUAGCAGGGUCGCUCUCAAGAUAUUGUCGAAACUGAGUGUGGAUGAGUUUCGACGGAAAUGGGGUUGUAAUUGUGAUUUGAGAUGUAAAGGGUCAAAGAAGAAAGGGGAUCGAACUGAUGUGAUGCAUGAUGAAGUUGAAUGAAGAUGAUUGGUGAGUGACGAACGACGAACGAUGAAUGAGCCGUGGAAGGUUGUGAGAGUUGUCUUGCUGGCACGGAUCGAUGAGGAUUGUGAUGAAUCAUGUCAUUACUCAGAGUACAUUGAGGAUUCUAAAACCAUGAGGU